AUGCUGCCCAGUGUGCUCGUAUCGCUUCUCGCCCCCCUCCUCGCCUAUUGGACUCCGCCUGCUGCGCCUGAUAAUGAACUAAGUCUCGAGCUACGGCAUCUGCACUACGUCUCGCCUUCUGGACAUGUCUCCUUUGCUUCACCUCGCAGCGCCAGCGUGAAAGCCGCGGGACUACAGACUGUGAAGCAGCGGAUUAUACGUGUUCCAAGACCUUCAACGGAGACGAGGAGUGCACUCGGCCGAGGAGCGCGCGCAUGGUCACGACUUGACGACGGUGGCUGGGAGGAGGACGAGGUCCCUGGUCCGGAUACGAGCUCGCGGGAGACUUUGUUGACGCUGGCCAAGAUGACGAGUAACGCGUACUACGCCAAUGAGACCGACACCGGCUGGUAUGACUUGUCCGGCAACUGGACCUCCAACAUGCCCGUAGGGUACGAACCAGACGGAGAUGGCUUCCGUGGACACGUCUUCGCUACACCGGAUAACAGCACUGUGGUGUUGGCCAUCAAGGGGACAAGUACCGGCUUCAUCGGGGGCGGAGGUCCGACGACUCGCAAGGACAAGCUGAACGACAACCUGCUCUUCAGUUGUUGUUGUGCGCAUGUAGACUGGACUUGGACGACGGUGUGCGGCUGCUAUAGGGGUGGAUGGAAGUGCGAUCAGGACUGUAUCGAGGAGGCGUUGAUUGAGGAUAGCUUGUUCUAUCCCAUUGGCACGAACCUCUACAACAAUCUCACAUAUCUGUACCCCGACUCCACGAUCUGGCUCACAGGACACUCACUUGGCGGUGCCCUAGCUGCACUACUCGGUGUGACGUUCGGCGCACCGACGGUAGCCUUUGAGGCACCAGGAGAGAAGAUGGCUGCACAACGUCUACAUCUACCUGUCCCCAUCGCUGCAGAACAUAUCACACACGUUUAUCACACCGCAGACCCAAUCGCGAUGGGUACUUGCAAUGGCGUCUUGAGCAGUUGCGCGCUUGGAGGGUACGCUAUGGAGAGCCGGUGUCACCAAGGCAACGCAAUCAUUUACGACACUGUCACGAAUUGUUCUUGGGCAGUCGACAUUCGCACCCAUGGUAUCGCAAACGUGAUUGACAAGGUACUCGGACAGCCCUGGCCACCAGCUGAAGAGGCCGGCCGUGAAGUUCCCGAGCCGAAACCAGAAGAGGAUUGCGUCGAGUGCUUUAGCUGGGAAUUUGGAGACUUCCCCAAGGCGCUAUUGCGUUAA